AUGGGCAGCCCUUCGUCCGUGCAUGGUCCACUGCAGCACUGGAUAAACGCAGCGGAGAUGGGCCAUGUACGAGCAAAAUGGGCAUCAGGAAGUGUGUAUCUUACAGGAAAGGAAGCAAUCAUGCGCAAUGUAAAGCUAGCCACUCGAUUGCUGCAGGAGGCGACAGACGCCGGUCACGACGGUAGCUGUCACGAGAUCGGCAAACUCUUUUUCCAAGGCUUCAUGUGUGCCCAGGGGCUGCACGUUAGUCAGGACUUCAAGAAGGCUGUGCAGCUCUAUCGCCAAGCGGCCCGGCAGGAUACGUCCGGUGCGCACCGCGCAUUGGGCAAUGCUUAUCUUCAUGGGCAUGGCGUUGAUAAAGUGAGGUGCUAUAUCCUUGGACGCGGUAUUCAGCAGGACUACGCGAAGGCGGCGCAAUGUAUAUUUUUAGCUGCAGAAGGAGGCAUUGCGAAGGCGCAAUUAUGUCUUGCACAGUUGCUCGAGAGAAAAAGGUCUGGAAAUUUAACUGAUCGUAAGAAGGCAGUGGGAUACUACCAGUUGGCGGCAAAAGGUGGACUACAAGAAGCUGCGCGGGCGCUGGGUCGUCAAGGAGCACCAUCAUAA